AUGAAAAGUGGAGAGGCUGGGAGUGAUGCGGGUGAUGUAGGUGCUCUGAGGGUCGAAUCUAAGGACCUUGGCUCAGGCAGUGCAAACCUGCGGCGGUACUUCCAGGAGCCGCCGUACUCCCAGUCGGUGCCGCUGGAGCAACACGUGGAGCUGCGGUGCCUGCCGCCCGUCGGCCGCCCGCAGCCCACCGCCACGUGGCUCAAGGACAACGUGCCCAUCGACCUCGAGAAGCACCCGAGUUACAAGAUCUCCUCAGAGGGUUCCCUGCUGAUCCUCUCCGCCCGGCCAGAAGACUCCGCGAACUACACGUGCGAGGCGGAGAACGUGGCGGGGAAGAGAGUGUCCGACCCCGCGGUGCUGAAGGUGUACGUGGACGGCGCGUGGUCGUCAUGGUCGUCGUGGUCGGCGUGCAGCAACAGGUGUGGUCGUGGGAUGCAGCGUCGUACCCGCACGUGCUCGGCUCCGGCCCCUCAGCACGGCGGGGCGGCGUGCCAGGGCCUCGCCGUGCAGAGGACAGACUGCUCCCACUUGUGUCCAGGAGGUGACUGUGAGGACGAUCCAUGUGAGGAGGCGGUGGACGGGGCCUGGGCAUCAUGGUCCUCCUGGUCAACUUGUGGCCCCGACUGUCGCCACCACCGCCAGAGGUCGUGCUCCUCCCCGGCGCCUCUGCACGGGGGUCGUUACUGCCCCGGAGAUGACUUCACUUCAGCCAACUGCACCGGCGGCAUGUGUCGCAACGGCCGCGGCCCCUCCGGCAGGAUGUACGGCGACAAGAGCACCACAGAGGAAGACCCCCUUAGGACGACACACGGUCGAAAUUGGGAUGCCAAAGCAACAGCAGCAGCAGUGCAGCAGGACAUUACACUUAUUGUGGUGCUGGCGGUGCUGGUGCCACUGGUGCUGCUUCUGCUGGUUGUGGUCUUCAGGAAGUUCAACCGAAAAGACCGUCAGGAUGGACCCAUGUACGAGAUUGCUGCAUCAGACUACCCGAUGCCGUUCUACUCUGACACCACGAAGAAGCUCAAAGGGUUGGCUCCAGACUUGACCCAGGGGGUAGGAAUGGCCCCACUGCCCCCCACAGGCCUACCCCUUUGCUAUGACCACCCUUACAGCGACCCUGCCUCUGUAUCCAGUGGGCAGAAGUCAAAUGGUGGGCUGGUGGGGUCAGUGUAUGAAGAGCACUACUCGGCCCCAGCCAGCGGGAGAGGAGCCUCAGGUAGCGUCACUCCAGCAUCCGAGCAUCACUAUGAUGUUCCUCACCUCCGCCCCUCCCACGAGUCCCCGGCCCCUUCAGAGGCAUGCCACCUUCUGCCUCCACGUGCCUUGGCCACACCCACAGUUGAUGGAAGCAGUGGAGGCCGAGGUCUUGAAUCUCCUGUGUCCUCCUUGGAGAAGCCACCUCGCAGUGACUCACCAGCCUCCCUCUCAAGUGAUGCUACCUCUAGCUCUCGACCAACAUCAGCCUCUUCUGAAGCUGCUCGAGAGUCUCAGCCACCCAAGGAGAUGGCAAUGGGGGAAGGGUCAGCCUGGGGAACGGUGACUUCAGCUGGGGGACGUCUGGUGGUGGCCGAGUAUGGAGUGGUACUGACCAUCCCAAGUGGUGCCCUGCCCCCAGAUACCCGUCAGCAGUUCUAUGUGACUGUAGAUUCAUGUGCUGGCAACACCCCGACCCUCACUGAUAGACAGACCCUGCUAAGCCCUGUUGUGUGCUGUGGCCUGGGAACUGGUGGCUCCCUUCUCAAGCCUGCCGUGCUGUCCUUUGAACACUGUGCCUCCCUCCAGCACGCCACUUGGCAGCUACACAUCUUUUCCACUCCUGCAUCCAACACACACACGACCUCCUCCACAUCCUCUGGUUCAUCAUCAUCCCAGGCCAGCAGCAGCAAUGAUGAGACCUGGACCAGACUCAUUACCAUGGGGGAGGAGAGGAUUGACACCCCUGUCUUUACUCAACUUGAUGGAGCUCAGGUUCAUAUGAUGACAGAACUGCUACAAAAGUUUGUUUUGGUGGGUGAAAGUGCUGGGUCCAAUGCUGCAGUGAAGCAGGUAAAGGUGGUGACCUCAGCACCUCCUCCCACCCCAGCUGGGACCCUCACCGUCACCCUACACGUCAUGCACGACACCUCAGCCGCCCUUGCCUGCGUGACACUGCAGGAGAGGCGUCGAGGAGCCUCCCUUCUAGACAAACCAAAGAUGAUGCUUCUCCAGGACUGUGGCGCCAACCUGUGCCUCUCCUUGGAUGACCUUGGCCCGGGCUGGCGCAUCAGACCUGGCCAACAAUAUAAGGAAAUAUCCUUUGAGACACUUUGGGGUGCUAAGUGUGAUCCUGUGAGCAUAUCCUUCACUCUGGAGCGAACUGAAGGGUCUUCAGCUCCCCUGGCCUGCAGGAUGGUGGCUCAACAGAAGGGGUCAUCCACUCAUCGGCAGGUGAUCAGAAUUAACUCUGAUUUUCCCUAUGCUCCAGUGACAGCCUCCCCUGCACACAUUGCUCCCAGAACCUCAACAGUGACUUCAAGCAGUGGUUGCUCAUCCUUGGUGGAACUUACACCUGAGCCUGGAGUGUUCCGCCUGCCCCAGCGCCUGAGAUGGGAGCUGUGCCGUUGCCUUGACCCACCCAAUGCUCGUGGCAAUGACUGGCGCAUGCUUGCUGCCAGGCUAAACGUGGACAGGUACUUGAAUUACUUUGCAUGUAAGGCAAGUCCAACAGAGCAUAUUCUGGACCUAUGGGAAGCUCGUCACAGGGAACCCAACGCACUCACGGACCUCCUCAAUGUGCUGCGAGUGAUGGGUCGGCCAGAUGCUGCCCACAUCCUAGAAAGUCAUGCUGGUGCUUGGAUAUAAGUCUGGACUCCUCAGUGGAAGCAGAAUGGCUCAGUUCAAGUGUCUGUGCCACAGGACACUGUUGGACUGCAAAACAUAAAAAGCACUAAGAUCUAGUUCCUUUAAAGUAACGCAAAUGGCUUUUCACACAAAACUGCAUCAACGUGAGACAUGUACAUGCUCCUGUAACUGAGGUGAUAGCUCUAGUAAUGUACUAUUUUAUAUGUGGAAGAAAAAUAUAGUCUUUGGGAGUGAUUUUGUGUUAUAUAUGUGCCUGCACUUGCCCUCAACAAUUGUGAACUGAGAAGGAUGAAGUUUUAAGUAAAUCACAGAAAACUGUCCCAUCAUAGCUCAUUCUGACAAUGCUGAAAAUUAGCUCUUUUACCCAGAAAACAUCCUCAACAAAUACUGAGCAUCACAAGUGCAGAAAUAUAAAAGUGCAAUAUACAUGAAAAAAGACUGCAAUGAACUUGAGCACUGCAGUGGAUCCUAAAUGUGCCAUACUGUGUGGACACUUUCCUAAAGAAAUGCAUGAAUGACUUCAGAAAAGCCAGAUAGUUGAUGAUACCACGAGCUUUCUGAUCUUGUGUUGUGUAGAGACUUUAGGUAACAACAAUGGUAAACAUGUAGCUGUUAUAAUCGGAUUGUAUUAAGUGUUCAAGUCAGUUCGUCCAUGUUCGUUUAGGAUACCAAGCCUGGUAGAUGUUACCUCUCCUUAAGAUAUUUAUAACUGUGAAGCAGGAGAAAGAGGUAGAUGGAUCUGCCAUGUCAUUGUUAUGAUCAUCUUGGUCAAUCCUUUUUUUUUUCUUGAUUUUGUACAUACAUGAAAAAACUUUGUUCAAAAAUGGAUUAAGAGAUCUGGAUAAUAAUAAUAAGGUAUUGAGUCAUGGAAGUUGUAUAGUUUAUUUAUUUACAAUUGUGUGAUAUUGCCAUAAACUAUGUUAAGUGACAUCAAAUGAAUGCACUGGAAAAGCUAGUGGCUAAAGAAAUGCAAACCGCUGCUGAAAGUAAUCCAGAACAGCUGUGUUUGACUGUUGAGAGUGACUGGUGAUUAAUGAAUUUUGAGUCACAAUUAAAGGAGAUUGAAUACCAGCAUUGUCUCAACUGAUUAGUGCAUUAAUCAUGUACUGCCUUUAUGACUAUAGUCAGUGAGGCUAAUGGCAACACUAAAAUAUAUAGGGUUUUGUCUGUUGCAAAUGGGCUACACAACUGAAGAAGAAACUUGCCAGUCACUUGUUUUAUUUCAAAAAGUCCAAAAAACUACGCCCUUUCUGUAGCAGUGUACUGUGGACCGAAACUGUCAUUUUUAGCCUUAGCAGUGGCUUGCGUGCUAUAACUUUUACGAGUUAUGGCAAGUACUGUCCAUUUUUAGAAUAGGAUGAGAGUUUUUCCCCAGCCAUUUUUUAAGAGUUAGAUUCAGACAUCAGUUAAGUGUCUGGCAGCCUUGGGCCCCUGAGCCAAAAUUCCCAGUCUUGUGUAAGCACACAUUCACUAUUCACUGGGUGGUCUGUCUUCAACACCACAACCCAUCAUACGCUGUGUCUUUUAGUACUAUUAGUGUAAAUACCAACAGUGAUUCACUUUGACUCUCUUGUGUCUGAGGCAAUUCUGUUUCAUUGUUAGGAAAGUGAGACUAAAUUGUGGGGAAACAACUGAACUGAUAAAAAUAGUUAUUGGAGAAACCUCAGCACAAUAGAAAGUUUUGAGAAAACAUAUUCCCACAGAAGGAACCUCAACAAGGGAGGCACUUUAGUUCCCAUACACUCUCACAUUAUCCUCACUCUUUCACUCUGGACCAAACACCGCUCCAUAUUCAUCUGCACAUAAAUUCCAGACUCACAGAGGAAAUAAUGUUUUGCUGUAUUAUAAUAUACGUAUCCAUAUGUGCAUGAAUGAAGUAACUUAGAAAAAUAAUCAUAUGCAGUUGUGCUCUGUAACAGCACCAUAGACACCAGCGUUAUGUAAAGUUUGCCUCAAAAGAAACUACAAUACUCAUGUUCGUUUUGUACAUUACAUGAAAAACAUUAACAGUAUUUUAAUUGUAGUAAAAAAUGGAUUUAGAAAUGAAGUGUGGAAAGAAAACUGAAGUCAUAUAUGAAAAUAAGGUUCAGAGCUAAUGUUUGAUGCAAUGUUCUACCAGCAAGGUGAGAAGAGGCUAGCUAGGGUGGGGAGUGAGGGGCCGUGUGGCGGUGUGUGUGGGGAGAAGGACCUGCCCACCACCGUCCAGCUAUGCAGCAGCCCUCUAUGCAUUGACAGCUGUACAUUGCUUCAUGUUUAGUACAUUAAAUGAAGAUGUGGGAUUUCUCAGAAAGUUUCUCAUUGAACAGAAUGAGCAACAAGUGCAUUUGAAAUGUAGGCAAAAUUUUAUCACUCUGGAACACAAACAUACAGCACGGACAUUGACCUGGACCACCAACAUUUGAGUAAGAUAUUAGUUCUGACACCGUUCCUAUUAUUGUUGUAUGACCACUGUCGAGUGUGUUAAUAUUUGUGAACCUAAUUUGCUUUGGCUAUCAAUGACGACAUGGCAAUUUUAUGUCCGGUCCAUGAUUGAGUCAAGUAAUGUUUGGUCGAGUCAGCAGCCAGUGAAUAGGGCUUUACACACACACACACACACACACACACACACACACACACUGACCAGGAAAAGAGGACACACCUGAAUGACCAGUUAGCUGCCUUAUUUUCUGAAUGUGCAGGAAAGCCUCUUAGUAAGUGAAGAGAGUAAGAUGGUCUUCCUAGUUGAUUCAGAUUGAAAAAAUUCUUCAUCCCCCCCCUUCACCAAAAUUGAACAUUUGAGGCAAAAUGUUUGAUACAGUCAUGAAGAUUUUCAUGUUGUUUAUAAGAAUUUUCUAUGUACAGAAAUAGAGAAGAGCUUUUUGUAAAUAGUCUUCCUUGGAGUCUCAGAGAAUAACUUAAGAGAGUUGUAACUGUGAACCUGAAAUGAUCUGGUCAAGUUUUGUUACAGCAAGAGGACUUGUUUUUUGUUUCACAAUCAUGACAUCCUCUUUGUAGCCACAUCAUGCUCUGACCAUGCUUUGCUUGCAGGUCUUUGUUUUUUUCAUUAUGCUUCUUUUAUUUGCCUUCAAUUUAUUCCAUUAGCAUCCCUAUUUUUUACAUUACAAAGCUUAUUGUUAAACACUUUUCACCACAGCUGAGGUAGUGCUAAAGUUUUUGUCAUAUAGAAAUUUUAUCAUACCAAUGGCUAAAUCAACAUUUUUUGUUAAUAUAUUACUAAUCAGAGAUUGCUUUUUAGAUUUUAUUUUCAUGUGACUAUUUUCUUUUCAUCACAUGACAAAAUUGUCAGCACAUUGUAAACCAUCCGCAUGGUCAGAGUGUUGUGUGUUUUGCUGGUGCUUCCACUGUUACACGAGCCGUUCUUCCGUGAGACUCCAGUGGAGGAUAAAGCCAUAUAUACAGAGACAAUAAAGGCAAUUUUGAUGUAUA